AUGGCUCACAGUAUUCUAGAAUACAAUGCUCUGAGACUCCAGUUGAUUGAAGAACAGAUGAGUGGUCCUACUGUCACAGUGUGGAGACAGCAGGGAGUCUGCAAUGGUCCCUCCUCCCUAACACUGGUCUCCCUCAAGGUCUUCAAGAUGCUGCAGGUGUCUCCUGUAACGUUGACCAAUCCUGUUGGCACGUCAGGCGUGAUGCGUGUGAUGGGUGUGGCCUUCCCUGGAGAGAGGGAGAGGGAGGAGUGGGAGAGGGAACAGGAGGAGACACGGAAGAGAGACCACAGACGCAUCGGCAAGGACCAGGAGCUGUUCUUCUUUAAUGACGUCAGUCCUGGAAGCUGCUUCUUCCUGCCUAAAGGAGCUCACAUCUACAACACACUCGCUGACUUUAUCAAGACUGAGUACAGGAGGCGUGGCUUCCAUGAGGUUGUGACCCCUACUCUAUACAGCACUGCACUGUGGGAGCGUUCGGGUCACUGGGAACACUACAGUGAAAACAUGUUUACUGUGACCGGUGACACACACACCUAUGCACUCAAACCCAUGAACUGUCCUGCACACUGUCUGAUGUUUGAGCAGCGUGUAAGGUCAUGGAGGGAGCUCCCGUUGCGUUGGGCCGAUUUCGGGGCACUGCAUCGGAACGAGCUGUCCGGCGCUCUGGGUGGUCUCACCCGGGUCCGCAGGUUCUGCCAGGAUGACGCACACAUCUUCUGCACUCCUGAGCAGUUGGAGGAGGAGAUCAUAGCGUGUUUGGACUUUGUGAGGAGUGUGUAUCGAGUUUUUGGAUUCUCCUUCCACUGUCUCCUCUCCACCCGACCUACACCCUGCCUGGGGGAGCCUGCACUGUGGGACCAUGCUGAGCAGCAGUUGGAGAGAAGUCUGCAGCAGUUUGGAGAGCGCUGGCAGUUCAACCCAGGAGAUGGAGCGUUCUAUGGGCCAAAGAUUGACAUCCAGAUCAAGGACGCCAUUGGUCGACAGCACCAGUGUGCCACCAUCCAAUUGGACUUCCAGCUACCAAUCAGAUUUGACCUGCAGUAUGUGGGGGGGGAUGGAGAGACCCACAGACCAGUGAUGGUCCACAGAGCUGUUCUGGGAUCACUGGAACGCAUGAUCGCUAUAUUGGCUGAGAAUUUUUCGGGAAAUGGUGAGAAGUGUGUCUGUUUCUAUGUCUGUGAUUUGAUUAAUCUAAAAUGAUACCGCUUUGGUUACCCACAUUUCUCUUUCCUUUCGGUCUCUUUCAGGCCUCUGUGGUUGUCUCCAGCGCAGGUCAUGAUUAUUCCUGUAGGGGAGGUAGUGAGUCGUACGUGCAACAGGUGGUCCGACAGUUCCGCGAGGCUGGCUUCAUGGCUGACGCGGAUGAUGACCAUGGUGCCACCUUAAAUAAGAAAAUCCGCUCUGCACAGCUGGCCCAGUACAACUACAUAUUUGUGGUAGGUGAGAAGGAGUGUGUGGGUGGCACGGUGAGUGUAAGGACCAGAGGGGGAAGCAGCUAGGGAGGAGACCGACAGAGAAGGUCCUGGCAUCACUCACACACCUACGAGAUGCACGGAGCAACCAGGAUGACUUCUAACACACACACCUGUUGUGGAUUAAGAAUUGCUCACUGUACUUUUGUAAUAAAAUAUAACAACUUAAAUGUUUAAACUCU